GAUUUUGAGACCCGCGUCGGCUUUUGGGUUUACGGAAUUAUAAAAAAAUUACACAGCGGGCUUGACUAAUAAUUAAAUUUCGGAAAACAAAACAUGGACGGAACAUGGACAAUCGGAUUUAUUUGAUUUUGUGAUUUGACUCGGCAUUUAUAUUAAUUAAAAACAUUUUCAUUAAAAAAUGAUUGGGUUUCCUCACGAAUUAAUAAGUAGAUCGUGUGAACAAAUUCCGUACGCAUUUUUAUGCGCACUAUCCGAGAGUUAAAUACUUUCCUCAUUACGCCAUUUAAUUCAAUUCGCAUAUCAAAAUUCGCACUGACAUUUAAUUUUGAUAACGUAGUGAUAUUUUUAUCAACUCAUGCACUAUUUUUCAUCCCUGAACAUAAACGGACGAUCACAGAUGACUGCUGUCAAUGGCAAGAGGCCAAACACAAUGCCAAUUCGAUACAACACAGAGUCAUCAGCUCAGCAUUUUGAUCUGAUAAAGUACAUCUGCGAUUCGUGGGACUCCGUGUCGAGAGAAUUGAACAUGAGCCACAAUCAGCCACACGGGGAUUCGCGAAAUUAUCGGAAUGGGGCAUCAGUGACGUAUUAUCAAGAGAGAGAACCAAAUCCACUCCUCAAAGACUUUGAACCGUUCAACCUGGAGGCCUGGUGGGGCAGGCGAGUAGUCCAGAGCAUCACCAGGAGCACAAACUCCUAGUGCCAGGCCCCCUACAAUGAUCACACGCGUACAUUCACACACAGGUAUAAAAAGCAGAAGAGAUAAAUUUUAAUGACAAUUCGGACAACUAGAUAUCUCUAAAAAUCAACGAUUCACCGAGUUUUCAAAAGGAAUUUCAAUGGACAACAGUUCGUCUUAAUUAUCACAGGCUAUUUACCCGAGACUCGAGAUUUAAAUAAUUAUAGAGUUGAUUCAGCUUUCCUUUACAUUCCUACUCGUUCAUUCAGUAAAUAAAUAACAUAACAUCAGUGAUUUGUUGUGAACUAUUACUAGAAAACGAUGAGGCGAAUAGUUAAAGGUGCGAUUUGAAUUGGUGGUAAAUAUUGGAAAUCAUUUCUCGACCUAUUUGUUUUUUAUAUUCUUGAAUUGAACUUAUAGUUAAUAGUAUAAAUCCAAAAAUGGGAGAAUAGUAGUGUUUUUGUGAUCUAAAUAAUUAUUCUGCAUCAGUUAACAUGGGGUAAUUACUAUGAAUGGGAGAAUGCUCAUCACGAACUAGAACUUUUUGCACGACUUAAUGAUAGAAUUAAAAUAAAA